CGCCAUAGUCUACCUAGGACCCUUCUACUCCUUACGGCGCCCCGACCUUGGGAUUCCAGGAGACCGGCCCGGGUCGCUGUCCUUUGACCUCCCAGGCUCAGGUGCAGCCGCCCCGCCUGGCGCACUGGGCAGCGGCAGCCAUGGCGCGAGAAGACUCCCCUCGGGACAGCUACCACCUUGUCGGGAUCAGCUUCUUCAUCCUGGGAUUGGGCACCCUCCUCCCCUGGAACUUCUUCAUUACCGCUAUCCCGUACUUCCAGGCACGGUUGGCAGGGGCCAAUGGCACAGCUGAGACUCUGAGCACCAACCACACUGGUUCCACAGACACUUACAACUUCAACAACUGGGUGACACUGCUGUCCCAGCUGCCCCUACUGCUCUUCACACUCCUCAACUCCUUCCUGUAUCAGUGCAUUCCUGAGGUAGUACGUAUUCUGGGCAGCCUGCUGGCCAUACUACUGCUGUUUGUCCUGACUGCAGUAUUGGUGAAGGUGGACUUGAGCCCCGGGCUGUUCUUUUCCAUCACCAUGGCAUCUGUCUGGUUCAUUAAUUCCUUCUGUGCAGUGCUUCAAGGCAGCCUCUUUGGGCAGCUGGGUACCAUGCCUUCUACCUACAGCACCCUCUUCCUCAGUGGCCAGGGCCUGGCUGGGAUCUUCGCUGCCCUUGCUAUGCUCAUGUCCAUGGCCAGUGGUGUAGAUGCCCAGACCUCUGCCCUCGGGUACUUCAUCACACCCUGUGUAGGCAUCCUCCUCUCCAUCGUGUGUUACCUUAGCCUGCCCCAUCUGGAGUUUGCUCAAUACUACCUGGCCAAGAAGCUGUCCCAGGCCCCAGCUCAGGAGCUAGAGACCAAAGCUGAGCUCCUCCAAGCUGAUGAGAAGAAUGGGAUUCCCAUUAGCCCCCAGAAGGCAGGCCCAGCUCUGGAUCUUGACCUUGAGAAGGAGCCGGAGUCAGAGCUGGAACUGGACGGGCCACAGAAGUCAGAAAAACCUUCAGUCUUUGUUGUUUUCCGGAAGAUCUGGCUGACGGCGCUGUGCCUUGUGUUGGUCUUCACAGUCACACUGUCGGUCUUUCCUGCCAUCACAGCCAUGGUGACCAGCUCCACCAGCCCUGGGAAGUGGAGCCAGUUUUUCAACCCCAUCUGCUGCUUCCUGCUCUUCAACAUCAUGGAUUGGCUGGGCCGGAGUCUGACUUCCUACUUCCUGUGGCCAGAUGAGGACAGCCGGCUGCUGCCCCUGCUGGUGUGCCUGCGUUUCCUGUUUGUGCCCCUCUUCAUGCUCUGUCACGUGCCCAAGCGAGUCCGGCUGCCCACCAUCUUCUGGCAGGACGCCUACUUCAUCACAUUUAUGCUGCUCUUCGCCAUUUCCAACGGCUACUUGGUGUCUCUCACCAUGUGUCUGGCACCCAGGCAGGUGCUACCACAUGAGAGGGAGGUGGCUGGAGCCCUCAUGACCUUCUUCCUGGCCCUGGGACUCUCCUGCGGAGCCUCUCUUUCCUUCCUCUUUAAGGCAUUGCUCUGAGGCCCAUUAAUGCUCCCCACAACCCUCUUCAUCAGUGCUCCCCACAGUCCUCCUCUCAGCACUGCUUCUGAAGCUGGAACUUUCCCAGGGGAAGGACCUCUGCUACACUGGGCCUCUAAGUCUGUGGGUGCCAGAAACUACCUUGGCUGGUAGCCACAUUACAUAUGGUGAGGAACCCACCAGCGGUCAUUCUGCUCCUCACCCAGGAGUGAAACAGGACACAGAAGGACGGCCCUCACUGAGAUGCACAAAAGAACAUAUUGGAAGGCAAUAAUCAGAAGAAAGACGCCGCAGGCCAGGGCCUUCCCUGCCACCAAGACUGUGUUUCUAUCCAACCACCCACUGACCCCAGGGAGCAAAGCCACCUACAGGCUGAGAGCACCCUGAUGGUCUCUACCUCAGCUCAGAGUGGGAACUGGGGCCAGCUCCAGAACAAUGCUUCCACCCACCCACCCACCCCCAAAGGCCAUGUGGAGGCCAUGGAAGCUGAAGGGAAGAAAAAGCUCAAGGGACCAACCUCUGAGCCUCCAACAGUGUUUUUUCAUAGCCUAGAAUGCAGACGGGCCUGUCUAACAGAAAGGCAGCUAGUUUGCACAUUUUGUGCACUGCACUUUACAGUUUGCAAAGUUGUUCCACAACCACAUUCUCAACAGAAACCUCAGUGAGGCCUUUAGAACAAGCUGGGUGGGGAUUGUGCCUCUCUGAGGUGAGGCUACAGCCUCCUCCUUGUAGGUGCUGACCCUCCAGCCCACCACUUGCUUCUCUUCCUCAAAGGUCUCCAGGCAGGUGCCCUGGGCACUUGCUACCAUCUUUCACCCCGUUUCUCCUUUGACCCUGCUCCUAAGACCAAUAAAAACUGUUCAUUUUUAUGAUGGA